AUGGGUCAUCAUGCUGUUUCCGGUCUAGUAGGGAAACUUAUGACAGAAAUAGAGGUACAUUGUGGUGCAGACAAAUUUUACAAUAUUUGGAAGUACCAUGAAGAAGUUCCACAGGCAGUUCCGCAUCUUUUUACUGGCGUCAAAGUUAUCCAAGGAGAUGGACUUGAAUCCGGUUGUAUCAAGGAAUGGGACUACAUCGUUGAGGGGAAGGCGUUGAACGGUAAAGAGGUAUCAACAUACAAUGACGAAAAAAGGACGAUUCAUCACCUUUCACUCGGAGGAGACUUGAAGAAGGAUUAUGAGAAGUUUAAUUACAAGAAGAUUAAUUAUAUAAUUGAAGUUAAACCGAAGCCUAGUGGAAAUGGAAGUAUUGUGAGUUGGUCUAUUGUGUAUGAGAAAGUAAAUGAGGAGUCUCCAGUUCCCUUCGAUUAUCUAAAAUUCUUCCACCAGAACAUCGUAGAUAUGAAUUCUCACAUUUGCGAAUCUGAAUAG